AAUACACUCAUGACAGGCCCUACCAGCCCCAUUUCCUUCCAUCCCCCCCUACUACUCCUCGCCUCUUCUUUAAAUAUUACCCUCACAACUUCCUCUGAUCACAUUAAUAGCAAACCAAAAAGCAACAGACAUUCACAAGCCCUGAUAAAACCAUUCAAGCUUUCUCUUGCUAGUGUUUGAGAUCAAGAAAAAUGAAGAUCCCUACACUGUUCAAGAUCAAAGAAACAAAGCAAUCAUGGCAAAAAUGGCCUUCAUGCAAGCACCCCAAAACUCUUUCUUUCAGGGGUGGAGAUGACGUGAUCAAGACUGUAAACUCAGUUUUCUUUGAUCUUUCUGAAAGGGUUGAGACACCAGAGUCUUGGUUCACAAACUCAUCAGAAACUACAAGUUUCUCAACGGAGUCGGAGGGCUUUGACGGGGAGUCGUUGGAGGUUGUUGUACGUGGGGUGAGAUCAGAAAGGUUGUUUUUUGAGCCUGGAGACACAAACUCAAUACUAGAAGAGGCAAAAACAGGAGGGUUUCCAUUCAAAGAAAGUGUGGUUCUAGCAAUGGAGUCAGAGGAUCCAUAUGUUGAUUUUAGAAGGUCAAUGGAGGAGAUGGUGGAGUCUCAUGGACUUAAAGAUUGGGAUUGUUUAGAGGAGUUGUUGGGGUGGUAUUUGAAGGUCAAUGGGAAAAAGAAUCAUGGGUAUAUAGUUGGGGCAUUCGUGGAUCUACUUGUUGGGAUUGCAGCUGCUUCUUGUUCUGAUUCCACUUCCUUUUCUUCUGCUAUUUCUUCAUUUUCUCCUUCAUCCCCUUUAUGUUCAUUGAAAGGGCAUAAUGAGAUUGAUGAGGAAUAACAGAUGGUAUAGUCUUAGCUUCCUUAUAUCAGUUUUGUGUAUAUUAGUAGGAUUAACGUAAAGCAAAAAUGAGAAACAGAGUUUCUUUUUGUUUAUAUUA